UUGUCUCAUUAUCAGGCCGUGUGGUGUCUGAUGUGCUGUCAGACGCUGCAGUGACAGUGUUGGUUUUAUGAAUGAGAAUAAAUCUGACAUCACCACAUUCUUCAUAAGAAGAGCUUGGGGCAUUUUUAAACUAUAUAGACUUAAGGAGCAUCUGAAGCAAAAUGUUUCACAUGAAAAUAAACAUAAUUAAGAAUCAGCCUGCAUUUCUUUUUGAAUGAAACACCAAGUGGAUGUACCAAAAGAAACUCACAGCACUCUCCAUCUGUACAGCUGUAGCGUUUGUGUCUCUACAUUAUUGAUUCCCAGAGUCUGCUGCUGCUGGCCAGUAGGCUCCUGAGACAGUUUUUUUUCAAAGGGAUAGGAGCAGAUGAAGUGAUGAGAUUCGUGUAACUUUUGGAUGACCCCUUCUUGACAAAGACAGUCUCCAUCAAUUGUCCUCUGUCAUUAUUCCCUCCUUUUAUGCCAUGGGGCUUUUUGUACCUUUUGUUGCUUUCUCUGUUGAACACCGUGCCUUCAAGUUACACCUUAGAAACUGAUAUAUUUUAUAUCUUCUCAGAUAAAACACUCUAUGCACCAUCAGCGUUUUUAUGUUUAUUUGUUUGUAUAAUUUUAAAGUAAUUAAAUGUUUAAGUAAGGUAUUUGAUUUUUCCAUUGUAUCAUUGUAUCAUCCAAAUGUGCACGCGGAUGUUUCAGGCCAAUAUUUGUUUUUUUCUUUCCACCAGGGUCUAAUUUUGGUUUAUCUUUAGUUAGAUGACAUUGCUUUUAGUUGUAUGUUUACCCGUUUAUGGACCAGCAUCACCUCUAUUGGCCGAUCUGGUCACAUGGUUCGCUAACUUUAUUCAGUUGACACCAAGUAGGAGGGCUUUAUGGAGGGAGGAAAAAAAGACAACUCGAGAAAAAUUAGUAUUUUCUACCUUCAGAAAUUAAUGGCCAUGAGUUCGUAUAUGGUGAACUCUAAGUAUGUGGAUCCAAAAUUUCCUCCCUGCGAGGAAUAUUCACAAAAUAACUAUAUACCUGACCAGGGAUCGGACUUCUACAGUCCAUCGCAGGACACAGACUUUCAGCAUCCAGGGAUCUACCCACGGUCAAACUACACGGAGCCCUUCGGCUGCAACACUGUGCAGGACUCCACUGUGCAGCCACGGGGUCAUGUGCGCGAGAGAUCCAGCCACCCGAGCUCUUUUAGCAUACAGACUGAGCAGAGGACCCCGGUCCAAGUGCCCGGACCCAGGACUUGUGGACAGCAGCAAAACACAAAGAGCCAAAAUGGGAUACAAGCCAAGCAGCCUGCAGUAGUUUACCCGUGGAUGAAGAAAGUCCACGUAACUACUGUGAACCCGGAUUACACAGGGCCAGAGCCCAAACGGUCCAGAACAGCUUACACCCGGCAGCAGGUUUUGGAGCUUGAAAAGGAGUUUCAUUUUAACAGGUAUCUGACCAGGCGGCGACGGAUUGAGAUUGCCCACACUCUUUGUCUCUCCGAAAGGCAGAUCAAAAUCUGGUUUCAAAACAGACGGAUGAAAUGGAAGAAAGAUCACAAACUACCCAACACCAAGGGCAGAUCUGCACCAGUCCCCAGUCAUCUGCAAAGCACUCAGAAGGAUAACCAGACUGAUAUCACAACAUUAUAAGAGAGAAAGGUGUCACACCUUUGUAGAAAUUAACUGUACAUAAAAAAGACAGAUUGCAUUCGACUUUUGCAUGGACUGAUGUCAUUUUUAGCCAUUUUUUUAUUUAACAAAAAUGACCCCAGCAGCAUUGACUCAAGACUGAGUGAGAAAAUCAGGUCAGCCUUGAGUUUUGAAAGUUGACCCUGUUUCUUGUUUUAAUUUCCUCAAAGAGACUCAAAAACAUCGAAACAAACUUUUCAAUUUCCUUUUAUUUUUUUAUUUUUUGGACGUUGCCCACCUGAGGACAUUUAAUGAGCAGCCUCGGCUGAUUUCAUGGAUUUAAACAAAGUAUUUAUGCUCUUCUCACAUGGAUUCACGCUGAUUUUUGAAUUGCUCUAUUCAGAACAGGGAAGCCCUUCGUUCAAAUUCCACGCAAACAAAGGUUAUUUCAGUUUUUUCUCCUAUUGAAACUCCAGAUAAAACGCACAAUAUAUAUAUAUAUAUAUAUACUUGAAGCAAACAGUAUUUGCAUAGAGCACGCCUAAUACAACCUACUUUCGUAAGUUGCAAAAAAUCCCGUUGACUCUCAGUUUCUUUGUGACUCCUAUGUUUUAACUUAUUUUGUACAAAAAAGCUUUGAAUUUUUUUAGCCUAAAUAUUAUUCCAAAAAGCAAGACAUUCCUGUGUGCAUACUAUUCUGAGUGCCCUUAUAAAUCUCUCCUGACAUCUUUGUAAACAGUGUAUAUUUUCAGAGGCGCUCUCCUGCCAUUUGAAACUCUUAUAUGAAAGCUCAUUUGUUCUUGCAUGUGGCAUCAAAUUGAUAUUGGAUGUUUCUCAUCGGAAAUAAUCAAAUCCAGAAUAUUCAGGAGUAUAAUUGUUUAUUCUUCUUUAAUCUGAUUUUUACGUCAUUAUUUAUUUGUUCAAAAAACCCUGUAAAUUUUCGUAUAGCACACAUACAAUUUUAAUUAAAAGAAUUCGUUUGAUUUUGAUUAAUCUAAAAUGUGUUUGAACUUCUUUGCAUUAAUUGCAUGGCUUUAUGCAACGUUUUAGUCUUAGUUAAUGUGGGAAUCGUAGAGUUUUCCAUUUACUCCGAGGGGGGCUUUCACGUCACGUUUCAAGACAGAUAUUUUUUUUGUUUUAUACCGUCAUUGUCUUCGAACAAAAAAAGCCCAGAAGCUCUCCCAGAACGAAGAGGUCUUCACUGUGAAGUCUUCACCAUGAGAGGCUUGAAAAGGUAUUUCAACCGAAGGUCGACAAAAGCAGCAGUGGCAGGUUCAUCCAGGGGACACAUUUCAGCCGCAAGGACUGACCCCAACACCCCUGACCCGCCGGACAAGCAGCAUUUUCUCUCCCAGGCGCUGUUGGCUUUGCUUUGGAGGGUUUUUUUCCACACUUACAAAGCUAAAUCCUUCGAAGCAAGAGUCAGUGCGUGAAAUCCAGAGUUGUACACGUGUUUUAACACUAUUUAUAUCAGGCGCAGCCCUAAAAGAUUCUGAUUUGUGCGUUUGUCUCCUCAUGUCAAUAUGCAAUCUUUUUUUUUUUUUUUUAUUUUUUUUAUUUUUGUACAUGCUUUUUACCUUGUAUUGUGCAUUGAGAUGCGAGACGUAUAUUGGAAAAAAUAAAGAUUUUUACUGAA